GAUGCUCUGCAGUAGUGCUGUUGUUGGAGAGCUGGACGUAUAAACCUGCGUUUGAACACCUGGAUUUGUAAAUGAAUUGCUUCAACAUUGAAAUAUGACCAAUAUAGCGGUGCCAACGGGUGGUGGUUGAAGAUUCUCAACAAGUUUCUCUUUUCCCCCUGUCACUACUCCUAUCGGAUAGCAAUUGCCAGGAUUGCGCCACUCAGGGUAUGCUGAAGGUUGCCUCCUCCUCUCGCCUCCUCGCUGCUGAUUGACAUUCCUGCAGAUCAAAGAUUGCUUUCAUUCGCCGUUAUGGAAACUCACCGCUGCGGCAGUUGAGUCGGCGUCCUGUCGAGAGGGAGACGGAACCGAGGUAGCCACACAGUUAUCUCAAUGGCUACGGAGAGUUCGAUGUGAAGAAUGGGCUCAGCGGUACCGCAGCUAUGGCCAGAUCAACAAACAGAAGCGUCAGUGAAGAGGAUUCAAGAGUGUCCGCUCCAACGGAUCGGGUAGAGGCGCGGGACCUGACCGACCCACGGGAACUGUCUCUGGAGGAGGUGCUGAAAUCCUACGAGCAGCCCAUAAACGAGGAGCAGGCUUGGGCCGUAUGCUACCAGUGCUGCAGAGCCUUGAGGGUGCCGCGCCCGGUCACCGUGACCGGCGGAGUUUACCGGGUGAAGGAUCCGUCCUCUAUCCUCCUCCUCAGAGACGGGACGGUUUGUCUACAGCAGGAGACAAAUACCAACGAUGUCCAGGACAGGCCCCCCCUCCCUCCUAUGGCAGAGAGCAAGCUGGUGCAGUCCCUGGGCGUGGCCAUCUACCGGGCCCUGGACUGGGGGCUGGACGAGAGCGAGGAGCGCGAGCUAAGCCCUCAGUUGGAGCGGCUCAUCGAGCGCAUGGCGGCCGGUAACCAAGGCCAGGAGGCCCAAGCCUCCCCCGCCAAUGCCACCACAGACGAGGGCUACAGCGGACAGGAGGAGGAGGAGGAGGAGGAGGAGGGAGAGGAGGGGGCGAUGCAGAGGCCUGUGUGUUCCUACCGCCAGGUGAUGGCGCUGUGUGCGUCCCGGCUGGCCCACCCGCCACAGGCUCCGGAGCACUACCAGGCCGUGUGCAGAGCUCUGUUCCUGGAGACGCUGGAGCUGCAGACCUUCCUCACCAAGAUCAGAGACGCCAAGGAGAUGCUGAAGAAGAUCAGAAAAGAGGAACCUCUGGAGGACAAGUCCUCGUCAGAGCUGGACGCACUCAAACACACAGACUGGGCCCGUCUGUGGGUGCAGCUGAUGAAGGAGCUGAGACAAGGCGUGAAGCUGAAGAAGGUGCAGGAACAGCCCUUCAACCCUCUGCCCUCAGAGUUCAGCCUCACGCCCUUCGAGAUGCUCAUGCAGGACAUCCGAACACGCAAGUUCCAGCUCCGCAAGGUCAUGGUGGAUGGUGACAUUCCCACACAGGUGAAAAGAAACGCCCAUGAGCUCAUUCUGGACUUCAUCAGGUCUCGUCCACCUCUUAAACCAGUGUCGGAGCGCAGUCUGCCUCCUCCCCCCCAGAGGCAGGAGUCUCUUCAUGAGCGCGUCCUAGCUGGGAUCAAACAGGAGCGCAAACUGAGGCCUGUCAGUCUGCCCAGCUCCCAGAGACCGUUUGGCUCUCUGCCCUGUCUGGUUUACACCUGUCCAUGUGACAUCAAAUCUACUUCCUGCAUUGACCUGUCAGUCGCAGACUUGGGCCCCCGCCCUCCCUCCCGUCCGCGCAUCCUGCUCAAAGCUCCUACUCUGGCUGAGAUGGAGGAGAUGAACAUAUUUGAGGAGGAGGAGUCUCCAGGCAGCGGGGAGCUUCGUCGGGCCGAGAGCUCUCCGACGCCAAUCAAACGAGACCGCUCGUUUUCCGAACACGACCUGGCAGAGCUGAGGGGCGAAAUGCUGCCCUCUCUGUCAGACUCCGCCCACCUGGCCGUCGUCGUCCUGCGUGGGGGGGAAAGGCCGCGCUCACACACGUUGUCAGGGGCCGGCCCACCCCCCACCCACAGAGCCUCUCUGCCAGUAGCAGGGUGGGUUCCUCCCUCUCCAGCGCGCUGUUCGCUCAGCUCUGUUGAUGAGCUGACAGAGAACACAGAGGCUGGCUCCGCCUCUCAAACAGACAGGAAGCGCCUGUGGAUGGAGGAGUUCAGUCACCCAGUGGAGAGUCUAGCCUUAACGGUUGAGGAGGUCAUCAACGUGCGCCGUGUGCUGGUGAAAGCGGAGAUGGAGAAGUACUUGCCGAGUAAAGAGCUCUAUAACAAUCUGAAGAGAGGCAAGGUAUGCUGCUGCUGUAGAGUCAAGUUCCCCCUUUUCUCCUGGCCCUCCAACUGCUUGCUCUGUAGAAGGUGUGUAUGUGGAUCCUGCAGCGCUAAGAUGAAAAUCCCCUCGAAGAAGAUGGCCCACAUCCCGGUCUACACACUCGGUUUCCACAGCAGCCCUAAGAACCACGGCCGCAGGAGCGAGGUGUACAAGUCUCUGCGCAGCCUAUCCCGUCGCUCGGUAGAGGAGGAGUUCCCUCAUCUGUACGCCCACGGCUGCAGCCUGAGGGACGUCUGCGCCGACUGCACCAAGUUUGUCGCCGACGUCAUCUCCUCGAGUCGGCGGAGCCUGGACAUCCUAAACAACACGCCCAAGAGGGAGAACGCCGCCCCCAGGCCACACCCCCAGCCACGCCCCCAGCCACACCCACAGCCGCGCCCGCCGUCAUCCUCCUCGUCAUCUUCAUCACCACAGCCGCUCAGUGUGAAGAGAAAGACCAAAUGAAUGACCUGACUGUUGGUUUACACGCCCCCACUCCACCCCCGUCUGCACUAGUCCUGCUCCAGACCCCCCCCCCCCCCACACGCACACACACACCUACCUACUAGCCUGCAAGUGCCCCCCCCCCCACCCUUACCCCCAGCUGAAGUGCUUGUUAAAGGUGGUCCUGCCCACACUUCCUGUGUGUACAGGAGGAAGUGGGUUCAGGGCAACCACAUGUUUGCCUUAUCAUGCCUCUGACAACAUUCACCGAUGCACACCUGAGAUAGA